AUGGCCCGAGGAAAUCGUACUACUUUGACAGAAUUUGUCCUCAUGGGAUUCACGGAUCGUCCGGAGCUUCAGGUUCCCCUCUUUGUAAUGUUCCUAGCAAUUUACCUCUUCACUCUCAUUGGAAACCUUGGAAUGAUUCUCCUAAUCAAGCUUGAUUCACGCCUUCAUGUUCCCAUGUACUAUUUUCUUAGCCACCUUGCCUUCAUUGAUCUCUGUUACUCAUCUUCUAUUGGGCCCAAGAUGCUACAAAACUUAGUUGUGAAGAAGAAAACCAUUUCCUUCUCAGGAUGCUUCGCACAGCUGUACUUCUCGAGUGCUUUUGCCACAACAGAGUGUUUCCUCUUGGCCACAAUGGCCUAUGAUCGUUACAUGGCUAUUUGCAACCCUCUGAUUUACACAGCCAUCAUGACCAAAAGGGUCUGCAGUGAGUUGGUGAUUGGUGUGUAUACCUAUGGUUUCCUGAACUCAGUAAUACAAACCAUUCUGACUUUCCAGUUAUCCUUUUGUGAUUCCAACAUUAUCCAUCACUUCUACUGUGCUGACCCACCACUCCUGGCACUGUCUUGUUCAGACAUUCACUCUAAGGAGAAACAGCUCUUGAUUUUCUCUGCUUUGAAUCUCACUAGUUCCCUUCUGACUGUUCUUGUUUCCUAUAUUUGCAUUCUAGUUUCCAUCCUGAAGAUCCAUCCCUCUGAGGGUAAGUGCAAAGCCUUCUCCACCUGUGCCUCCCACCUGACAGUGGUCGUUAUCUUCUAUGGGACUCUUUUCUUCAUGUAUCUCCAGCAGCCAAAAGCAGGAAAUUCCUGGAAAUACAACAAAGUGGUCUCUGUAUUUUAUAGCCUUGUCAUUCCCAUGCUAAACCCACUGAUCUACAGCUUCCGGAACACAGAAGUGAAGGAUACUCUGAAAAAAGUCCUAGAGGGAAAAAGGUCAUAA